AGCUUUUCUGGAGCUGAACUUGAGUUUGAGAGCCCUAAGACGCCAUACCAAGCUUUCCCCCUCCCCCUAAACCAACCCUUCUCCUUUUCUUGUCACGUUUCAAUGGCGACGCCCAGGGCUUAUUAGUGCUCAGCCCUCUCCAAGCCAACGCCUUCGUCCUCUGGCCCGAGCGGUUCACGUCGGCCUCCUCUUUCUUGCUUCGUUUUAGACGAUCGCCACCAUCUCCCACAGCCCUAGCGAGAGCCAACCGAAUCGGUUUCCUCGGUUUAAACAUCAAUGGCAGAUUUCCAGACUUCUACUCAUCGCGCGAAAUGGAUUUCUACCCCGCAGGAACUGUUGGAGAAGCAUCAGGCUGCAAAUCAAAGAGCUAUAAAAAUGCUUGAACAGUAUGGGAUCACACGUUUGGAAGUUGAUGUUGAUGGGUCACUGUCAUACCCAGAACCUGUACUUGACCAAAAGGAUAAUGCUGAGCGAUCUGUUCCUAAGCCUCUUAAUUGUGAUGAGGAGCAGCUUAUGCAGGUAUUUUAUGAACAAAAGAUUCAAGAAGUCUGUGCAGCAUUUAAAUUUCCUCAUAAAAUUCAGGCAACAGCAAUAAUAUACUUCAAAAGGUUUUAUUUGCAGUGGUCGGUGAUGGAGCAUCACCCGAAACACAUAAUGCUAACUUGCAUAUAUGCCUCCUGCAAAGUAGAAGAAAAUCAUGUAUCUGCUGAGGAACUUGGUAAGGGAAUUCAACAAGACCAUCAGAUGAUUCUCAAUAAUGAGAUGAUUGUUUAUCAGAGUUUGGGGUUUGAUCUAAUUGUUUAUGCUCCAUAUCGAUCCGUUGAAGGCUUUGUCGAGGACAUGGAGGAGUUCUGCCAAGUAAGGAAUGAAGAGCAAGAAAAAUUCCAGGAUUUGCGGGGAACUGCUAAGUUAGAGGUAGACAAGAUAAUGCUGACUGAUGCACCUCUUCUCUAUGCUCCUGGGCAGUUAGCUUUGGCUGCUUUGCGCAGGUCAAAUGAGGUACACAGAGUUCUCGAUUUUGAAAGAUACUUGGAAAGCAUAUUUUCUAGGCAACGUUCUAGCCACUCUAUAUCACAGCUUAUUGAAUCGAUGAAGACCAUUGAUUUUAUGCUUGGGAAGCUCAAAAUCCCUUCCACAAAGGACAUGAGACAUAUUGAUCGGAAGCUGAAGAGUUGUUGGGAUCCAAGCUCACAAGACGAAAGCAAGAAGCGUGAGAAGAAAUCAAAGCACAAAUCGAAAAGAACAGCAAGUGAAAUGCAAGGAGCACCAGCAGAAGUAAGAAAAUUUCAAGGGGCAAGCUGAAAAGGUCACAUGGGAUUGAAGAGGAUGCGCACAAAAGUUUCUGCACCAUGCCAACUGCAUGUCUCCAGUGCUACUUGGUUGCUAGUGCGAAGACUUGGACUACAAAUUUGGAUGAGGUCAAUGACCGAGCUAUAUUAAUUAUUGUCGCUUAAUUAUUGUCGCUUACGCUUGUGGAUGAGUACAAACCUGGAUUUGCUAUUGAUGUAACUAAGAAGCUCUUUAUUGGUUGAGCCUUUUCUUCUCGUGCUGGGCAUUGAGUUGCAAGUUUGCAUUGCUCAUCGAGGUUAUUUGUCCUGUUUUCAUGACCUGGUAGAUGACUCUGAUAAUAGUUUCGCAGACGAUUACCAAUUACUACUAUGACUGUAUUAACAAAGAGAGCCCUUUUGACUGUUAACAAUUGUUCUUUACUCUAUAUAAGGAAAUGCACAUUCCAUGCCUGUGGUAUACCUUUUUUUCUAUAA